AUGGACAGUGGACUCAGAGUGACCCGGAAAGGACGGAAGCUAGGCUCCAGCCGCCGGCGGCAGAUGCGAGAGCCAGCUGAUGGCCAGGAUGCGCCAGUGGCCCCCGAGCCAGAGUCCUGGUCCUCCCAGUCCGCUGAAGAACUGCAGCGUUUCUUCCAGGACUGCGGAGCCGAGGAGAGGGGCUUUGUCACUCGAGAGGAUCUGGCGGCGGCCAAGUUCAGCUUCCUGAGCAGCGAGGAUGAGCUGGAGAUGAUCUUUGACUGGGUGGAUGUGGAGCGGAAGGGACGCCUCUCUCUUGAAGAGUUCAGCUCCGGGCUCAAGAACAUCUUUGGCUCCAGCUCGAGCAGCCACAGGCUCCACAGAAAGAGGCCACUGCUCUCCAAGCAAGGAUCUGUAGCCACCAGCUUCCCGGUGGUGGAGGAGGCCAACAGUGAGGAGAAGGAGGCGUUCUUUGCCUUCAUGGAGCAACUAGGAGCUAGCAACUCACUUCCUGAGCAGGCGGAAAUCUGGCAGCUAUGGAGAACGCUGCGGCAGGAGGAGCCCCAGCUGGCAGGCAACCUGGAGGGCUUUCUGGCCAAGAUGAACAGUCGCCUGCAGGAGGCAUGGGCCGACAAGGAGGUUCUGGAGCUGACUCUGAGGAAGAGGGACACUGACCAUCACCGCGAGGUCCAACAGCUCUACGAGGAGAUGGAGCAGCAGAUACAGCGGGAGAAGCAGCAUCUGCAGGCCGAGAGCGACUCCCGGGGCCUGGCCCUCAGCUCCCAGAUGCAGGAGGUGCUGGAGGCCAAGGAGCGUGAGGUGCAGCGGCUGACCGAGGGACAGAAGGAGCUGGAGGCCCAGCUCCACCGUCUCAGCAGUACACACCAGGAGGCCAGCUCGGAGAACCGGCAGCUUCGGGAGGCUGAGCGGGACCUGGCUGGGCGGCUGGAAGAGGUGCGGGGGCAGCUGCAGGUGACCAGGGGGCAGCUGGAUGCCGCCAGGGGCCGCGUGUCCUGGCAGAUGGAGGAGGAACUCAGUGUCCCCAGAGCAGGUGAGGAGAAGGCUCCAGAUGCUCAGGCAGUCUCCUGCGAGGAGGCUCCCCGGCCUGGACUCUUUGGGGACAACGAUGACUGGGACCAGCUUCUCAGCGGCAUCAGCAGCACGCCCCUCAGUGCCCUGCAGCUCUGCUGGAGCCCGCCCCCAACCCCGAAAGCCUCCCCAGGCCCGCCGACGCCCCGAGUGGUCAGGCAGAUCUCCAUCUCGGAGCCACAUGCUCCUCUGUUUGCUCAGGAGCCCUCUUCAGAUCCACAGGGCUCUCCAAGGAGCCCCCCUGGGGCACCUUCUGGCACCGAGGAAGAGGAAGGAGCGAACCCAGAUGGGCUGGACAUGAACCCCCCGGAACAGACUGGAGAGCCCCCUAGCCCAGAAUCUAGGGAGGAGUCAGGGCUUGGCCCUGGGGUCCACUUCCCCUGGGGUCUCCCGGGGGUCCCAGCUGGGGAGUCAGGGAGUCUGGUGGCAGCUGCACUCGAGGUGCUUGUUCCAUUGGAGGAUGGGCACCCUCCUCAAGUGACCUCGCCCCCUCCCCAGGCCUCAGCUGGGCCCAGCGCAUGGUUCCAGAUUUCACACCCAGAUGACGAGAGCCCUGACCCUGGGCCGGUCCCACCCAAGCCGCCCCGGCAGAGAGAGGCCCUCCUUUGGGACCCCCAUUCUGCUGGCUCUGAGCCAAGGCCGGGGUCCUCGCGAGCCGGAGCCCUCCCGGUGGGUCUGGGUCAGCCCUCCCAGGGCCUGGUGCCUGGGGGUUCGGCUCCCAUGGAUGGAUCAGAGCAGGGCAAGCGGAGCCCAGACGCACAAGAGGGCCAUUCAGGGGAGCUGCGGGAGGCUCAUGGCCGGGUCCCUGGGCUGCCCGCUUUCCUCCCCCAGAGCCUGGACGAGGAGCCCGGGGCUGAGGAGAGGAAAGCAGAGGAGCAGGAAGGCCAGCAGUUCAGGUCAGAGCUGACCAUUGAGGUUCGUGGCCUGAAACCCGAGCACUCAGAACUCGCCCAGCUCAAUUCCCAACCUGUGCCUGGCCCACCUGACAGAAUGCAGGCUGAGGCUGAAGCAGAAGCCCCGGCUCCCAGAAAACCAUCCAGGGGCUUUGCCCACAUGGGGGCUCAGCCUGGGGAUGGAGCAGGGCCCCCAGAGCCCACACAAACCCUUCCCACCAGGGCUGAGCUGGAAGCCCAACCCAGGCCCCGGCCUACAACUACCCAUGCAGAAGGAGAACAAGCCCCCUCUAAGUCCAGGGAGCCAAGGGCAGAGAACAGGCUUGAAGAUCCAAGAACGGACUCCGGAGGCCUGGGGCUGACCCUGUCCCCCGGGGACCGCGCGGCCAGCGAACCUUUGGCCAACCCUGAUUAUGCCUUCCACGUCAUCUUCCUGGGGGACGCGAAUGUGGGCAAAACCUCCUUCCUGCACCUGCUGCACCAGAACAGCUUCGCCACUGGGCUGACAGCAACUGUGGGAGUGGAUUUUCGAGUCAAAAACCUGCUGGUGGACAACAAAUGCUUUGCACUGCAGCUCUGGGACACAGCUGGCCAGGAGAGGUACCACAGCGUGACGCGGCAGCUGCUGCGCAAGGCUGACGGCGUGGUGCUCAUGUAUGACGUCACCUCCCAGGAGAGCUUCGUCCACGUGCGCUACUGGCUGGACUGUCUCCAGGAUGCAGAGUCUGACGACGUGGUCAUCCUUCUCUUGGGAAACAAGACGGACCGUGAAGAGGAUCGGCAAGUGUCCACUGAGGCCGGGCAGCAACUGGCCCAGGAGCUGGGGGUCUCCUUUGGAGAGUGCAGCGCUGCGCUGGGUCACAACAUCCUGGAGCCCAUGGUGCACCUGGCCCGGUCUCUCAAGAUGCAAGAAGAGCGCCUGAAGGGCUCACUGGUGGAGGUGGCCCCCAAAAAACCUCCAAAGAGAGCUGGCUGCUGCUCCUGA